GAUUGAACCAUUGUUUUACUUUAAAUUGAAUCUAUAUUUUAUUGUUAAAUAGUGCAUUUUCCCAAUAUGUGUGAUACUUUGUUUUGUUAAUUACAAUAAGUUAAAUGAAUAAAAACAAUAAAUUAUCAGUGUUUUAAUUUAUGAAUCAAAAGAAAGUUUUUCCUCAUACUGAUAAUGUUUUUUGGAAAAAAGAAAAUUUUACUAUGCAUAAUGUGAUGCUAGAUUUGCCAAACCCAGAACCUAAAAAACUAAUUAACUCCACUCCAAUAAAAGCAGAAAAGAAGCAUUUAAAAAGUAAAUUUAUUACAAAAAUUGAAUCAUCAAAACCAAUAGUUCAAGUUUCUUCUACUGAAUUAUCUAAACCUCUGGUUCAAAUAUCUUCCACUAAUAUUAGUUCUGAGCUAAAUAAAAAAGAAUGUACCUUGAAAGAUCUGUGUAAAGAAGAUAAAAUUAAGAUAACAAAUUUAAUAAAAGAACUUGCAAAAUAUGGUGAAGAAAAAGAAAAGGCUUUAGAAGAAUUGCAAAAUAUGAAGAAAGACUUUGAAGAGAAACUUCAAAUACUUGAUAAAGAAAAGCAAAUAUCAAUAAGAGAUCAAAUUGUAUUAAAAGAAAAGUUGUUAGAAUAUGAGUUUAGCAAAAAAAAUGAAAUCAAUUUGGAGGAAAAAAAUAAUGCAAAACAUACCUCAUUUUGCGAGUCUGAUAUUUCCGAGAUGUCCAAUAUUAAAAACGACCUAGAAAAUGUACAAAUGAAUAUAGUGCAUAAGAGAAUAAAUGUUAUGUUACCUGAUGAAAACACUUUAGCAGAUAUUUUUCAUGAACAACAGAAACAAUUUGAAUUGCAACAAAAACGUCUUCAAGAUCAGAUUGAACAGUUACAAAAACUUCAAGAAUCUGUUGUUGUACACCAAAUCAAUACAAAAGCAAGAAUUCAAUCUAUAUCACCAAUUUUCAGAAAAGAAACUGAAGAUAGACCAUUGAAAUGUGCAACUGGCUUAGAUUUAACUCUAAAGGAAUACCCAAUUGUAAGAAAAAACAAACUUGAUGAAUACUUAAUAAGCCAAAACAAGAUAAACAAUUUAAUUAGUGAUAGCAUGAUAAAAAUGCAUGAAAAAAUUAAAGGUCAUUAUGUACCAAAUGAUUCCCAAACUAAUUAUUUCAAUAAAAACUCUGAAGCAUCUUCAUUGAUUUCAGCAAGUACAUCUCCAGUCAAAGAUAAAAAAGAAAUUUCUAUACAGACUGAUAUUCCAAUUGAGAACACCUCAUUAAAAUUAAAAGAUUCUACAAAGGUAAAUCUUUUAAAUUCUGAGGCGUUUUUCCGAAAUCUAAAAUAUCAAGAGAAUUAUUUAAGUUGCACAAUGUCACAAAAAAAAGUUUUUCCAAAAAAAAGACAAAGUAACUCACACAAUGUUCUAAAACUUGUUGGAAUUUCUUCAGAUAGCGAUGAAGAUAACAUUAGUGACAAUCCUUUGAAGAAUAGUUAUACAAACAAAAAAAAUAACUUUACAUUUCAAAAAAGUACUUUUCAACCAAACCACUAUGCUUCAUCUAGUGCAUUAGUUGAUUGUUUUAGUUCAAAAAAUGUUCAAACUUGUGCACUUUCUAAAAAUUUAUAUUCUGGUAAAAGUUUUUCAACUCAUAGCAGUUUUGAAGAAAAUAAAUUAAAAGAAGAGAUUAUUGAUGAUUGCAAAAUUCUAAAUGAUAUUUUUUUCAUUUGUUGAUUUUAUCUGGAUAUAUUUA